AUGGUGAAUCGUGUUGGGAUAUUUCUGGCCUAUGGCAUCUAUAACACCGAGAAAUUUUCCUUCACCUCUGAUAGCGGUGUUCCAAUUUAUGCCUUCCUCUCAACGAACGUUGCAGAGGACUUCAUGAUAGCCUUCAUGAUGUGCUACUACAUGCACAAGAGUGGAGAAGCCAUAAAUUCAUCCACGUUUAGCUACAAGUGUUUCGCGUGGCCAGAGUCUUUCAUUUUUCUCGGGAUUGAAUUCGUCCUACCUAAACUUUACAUCAACUUGCUGCUUGCUAUGUCGAAAAAGGCAAUCGAAGAGCACGGAGGACAUUCAGUUCCUACCAUCCUCCAGUUAGCACCCAAUGGCUCCGAAGGUUCCAUGGCAGACUCAACGGCCUACUCUAAGAUGAUCUCUACGGAUACAUUGCUGACCGUCGUAGGAAGAUCCACCUUUGCUUUAGUCCAGCCACCUUCAAUCACGUCCUCCUGGCUCCAUCUGGAAUCCCAUCCUCUCCGGAGUCCGCUGCUCCCAGACUUGCUGCGGUUGAUGCGCAUCCCGCCCAAAAGCCUCAUCGGGGGCCCAACCUUCCAUCUGUAGGUAGAACGAGUGCAUAAUUAAAUCGUAUUACGACAGAAUUGGUCAUAGCAUAGGACUACUGGAAGGCCGGUAAGAAUUUGGGUAGAAUCUGAGUCAUCAUGGAGUCUAUUGCUGAGGUGUUUGCCUGAGUGCUGGCAGUAUUGCAGUGGGAGGCUUGCAGUAGGUAUAAU